AUGACAAUGGAUGGUAUUAUGAGGAUGCAGGGAGCUCCAGCACACACAUCCUUCAUGUGAGAGAUACCCAAGCCCCCUCCCCUGCCUGAUACACACAGAGAGGUGGAUGUUGGUAAGAUCAUGCAGCGCAUUGGGAUCCACCGCCUGGUUGUGCCAGGGGUCUCCCCUCAUCUCCUCCCUGGUAUUCUGACAGCACAGUGGGUGGAAGCAUCACACUGAGAAAUCCCCACUCAGCAGCAAAGACAGGGGCUGCAACCUGAGCACAAGCUGAUAUUGCCAGGGCACACAGUUCCUGGUCACCUGGGACAUGACAAGCCCUGGACACCCCAGCAGAAGACAGGAGGAGGACAGGCUAGAACUGACCUGGGGUAGGGGGCAGAGGUGGAGAGGGGGCAGGGGAGGCAGGUGGCAUUGGAAAAACAGCAUGGUAGUGAAAUCAAGAUGAAGAGGAGGAGGAGGAACAGGGAGGGGGUAUCCAUCCAUCAGUGUGCUGGAUAAUAUUACCAUCUGCCUGGGAAGAUCCAUAGGAAGAAGCUGCAGCGCUCAGAAGACUCAUCCCCUGCUUCAUUUUUGGAGAUAAAAUAUAUUCUGCACAAAUUGCUUUGUGGCUUUACCUUACGCAGGAUGCGGAGUGUUGCUGCAAAUCCCACACACGUCCCAUUUUUCCAUUAAAAUUGCCCUGUUUGGUUUUAUUGAUGCCUCUGCCUUUCUGCCCCCCAUUAACGAAGCACCCCCAUCAUGGGCUGUCUGCAGAGCCUGACUUGCAAGUCUCGCAUCAGAAGGGAGAAUAUCACAGUGUAUGAUGUUAGUGCCACCAUAGACCAGUGCCCCACUACCAUAGAGGAGAAUUCACCCAUUGUCUUAAGGUACAAGACCCCUUACUUCAAAGCAUCUGCCAGAGUGGUCAUGCCGCCCUUACCCAGAAAUGAAACCUGGGUGGUGGGAUGGAUACAAGCCUGCAACCAGAUGGAAUUCUUUAACAUCUACAGUGACCUGGGCAUGUCAAGCUGGGAGCUUCCAGAUUUACGGGAAGGAAGAGUAAAAGCUAUCAGCGACUCAGACGGAGUCAGCUAUCCUUGGUAUGGUAACACUACUGAAACUGUGACCUUGAUGGGACCCACUAACAAAAUCUCCAGGUUCUCUGUUAGCAUGAAUGACAACUUCUACCCCAGUGUGACGUGGGCUGUACCUGUCAGUGAAAGUAAUGUGCCCUUGCUCACCAGGAUCAAGAGAGACCAAAGUUUUACCACUUGGCUGGUUGCUAUGAAUGUCACCACUAAGGAGAAGAUCAUUUUGCAGACUAUAAAGUGGAGGAUGAGAGUGGACAUUGAAGUGGACCCAUCUCAGGUGCUUGGCAAACGAGCCAGAUUAGUUGGGAGGACUCAGCAGGAGCAGCCAAGGAUUUUAGGUCGUAUGGAAACUAUCCCACCCAAUGCACUCAUAAAACCUAAUGCUAACGAUGCUCAGGUCUUAAUGUGGAGGCCUAAACGAGGACAACCUGUGAUAGUUAUCCCUCCAAAAUAGAACUCUACACAUUUUUUUAUUGAUGGACUAUUUAGCACAUGCAAAUCCUCAAGAUGUUUCUGACUUACAAAGACUACAUAUGGGGUUACAAGGCUACUAAACUCUUUGCUGUGAUUUUGGAUAACUUAUCAUGUGCACAUUUUCUAUAUUGUAUUUAUGUCAAUUAUUUAAAAGCAAAUGGCUUUUGAUUGGAAAAAAACAAAAACAUGUUUCUUAGUGCCUGUGGCCAAACAGAAGUUAAAAACUCUAGUUGAAAUAAUUUAUUGACGUUGAUCUUUUCAGUUUCUCUCUUGUAACCAUUAGUGCACAAUAUGCAGAUCUGGGAAAUGUAUAAUUUGGUAUCAAUAUAGACCCCCCCCCCCCCCCACACACCUGGCUUCUCUGCUCUGUGCUAAAUUCAGCGGGAUUUAAAAAAUAAAUGGUGAUUGGCCCAGGAAACCAUAUUCUAGAUCAACCCAUUAAUGUAAUGGAAAUAUUAAGGGCUUAUACAACAUUUGGGCUUUCUGUGAAAGGGAACAAUAGCAAAAUCAGACUUAACAUCAUAUAAUACCUUCUGGAAUGUGCUAAAAUAAUUGCCACAAAGGAACCACUGUUUUAGCCCAGCCCUGGUCCUCAUAGUACUUUUUUAGCAGUAUGAAAUGAGAUCUAGGGUUGCCACCGGACAGUUCAGGUUUCCAUUUGUGUGUCUGGGUUUGAAGCUGAGUCAGACCAGAACGUACAAAUGUCCGGGUUUGGUGGGAAACAGCUUCAGCUAGAAAAGGCAACAUUGUGCAACAUACUGCACAUGCCUAGUUAUUUCUCUCUUGUGUGGAAGUCUGUCUGAGUGUGGGAGUGUGUCUGUAUGUGUAGGUGUCUUUGUGUGUUAGAGUUUCUGUGUGAAAGAAUAAGUGUAUAUGUGUGAGUAAAAGAGAGAGUGUGUGUGUGCGUGCGAGUGAGUGUGUGUUAGUGUGUGAGAGUGUGUUAGUGUGUGGGAGAGUGUGUUAGUGUGAGAGAGAGUGUGUGAGAGAGAUGUGUUAGUGUGUGAGAGUGUGAGAGAGUGUGUUACUGUGUGAGAGUGUGUGUUAGUGUGUGAGAGAGUGUGUUAGUGUGUGAGAGAGUGUGUUAGUGUGUGAGAGAGUGUUAGUGUGUGAGAGUGUGGUAGUGUGUGAGAGAGUGUGUUAGUGUGUGAGAGUGUGUUAGUGUGUGAGAGAGUGUGUUAGUGUGUGAGAUAGUGUGUGAGAGAGAGUGUUAGUGUGUGAGAGAGUGUGUUAGUGUGAGAGAGUAUGUUACUGUGUGAGAGAGUGUUAGUGUGUGAGAGUGUGUGUUAGUGUGUGAGAGUGUGUGUUAGUGUGUGAGAGAGUGUGUUAGUGUGUGAGAGAGUGUGUUAGUGUGUGAGAGAGUGUGUUAGUGUGUGAGAGUGUUAGUGUGUGAGAGAGAGUGUUAGUGUGUGAGAGAGUGUGUUAGUGUGUGAGAGAGUGUGUUAGUGUGAGAGAGUAUGUUACUGUGUGAGAGAGUGUUAGUGUGUGAGAGUGUGGUAGUGUGUGAGAGAGUGUGUUAGUGUGUGAGAGUGUGUUAGUGUGUGAGAGAGUGUGUUAGUGUGUGAGAUAGUGUGUGAGAGAGAGUGUUAGUGUGUGAGAGAGUGUGUUAGUGUGAGAGAGUAUGUUACUGUGUGAGAGAGUGUUAGUGUGUGAGAGUGUGUGUUAGUGUGUGAGAGUGUGUGUUAGUGUGUGAGAGAGUGUGUUAGUGUGUGAGAGAGUGUGUUAGUGUGUGGGAGAGUGUAUUAGUGUGUGAGAUAGUGUGUGAGAGAGAUGUGUUAGUGUGUGAGAGAGUGUGUUAGUUUGUGAGAGUGUGUGUUAGUGUGAGAGAGUGUGUUAGUGUGUGGGAGAGUGUGUUAGUGUGAUAGAGAGUGUGUGAGAGAGAUGUGUUAGUGUGUGAGAGUGUGAGAGAGUGUGUUACUGUGUGAGAGUGUGUGUUAGUGUGUGAGAGAGUGUGUUAGUGUGUGAGAGAGUGUGUUAGUGUGUGAGAGAGUGUGUGUUAGUGUGUGGGAGAGUGUGUUAGUGUGUGAGAUAGUGUGUGAGAGAGAUGUGUUAGUGUGUGAGAGUGAUAGUGUCUUUGUGUGUGUGAGAGAGAAAGAGUGUUCGGGUUUGGUGUGAACUAAAGGUGACAACCCUAAACUAGAUCUCUUUUUCUUUCUAUUUCAGUUCUUCCUCAUGAAACUCUUUUUCUGUGUCCCUUUCCUCUAGAGAUUUAUUUCUAUGGUUUAUCUGUUUGUCCUCACCCUCUGCCUCCUGCUACUUUCUAUAUUUGCCUUCAUGGAUCCUAUACAAUCUCUGCACAACAACAUCUCUGCUUUCUGGUCAGCGUAAACUGAUUUCCAUACGUUGAUGUAUGAGGAGUAUCUUGGCUCAGUUGUUGUCUAGCAGACCUGAAUUUACUUCUAUCCUUGUUUAAACACAUAUGGCCAAUACAGAACCUUAAAGGGACAUGAAACACACCUUUUUUCUUUCAUGAUUCAGAUAGAACAUACCAUUUUAAACAACAUUGUAAUUUACUUCUAUUAUCAAAUUUGCUUUAUUAUCCUGGUAUCCUUUGUUGAAUUAGCAGAAAUGCACUACUGGGAGCUAGCUGAACAUAUCAGGUGAGCCAAUAAGAGGCUACCGAGGUAUGAUUUUCAACAAAGGAUACCAAAAGAUUAAAGCACAUUAUAUAACAUAAAUAAACAAGGUUUUUUUUUUAAAUUGCAUGAUGCAUCUGAAUCGUGAAAAAAAUGGGUUUCAUAUCCCUUUAAUGAGUCAUUAUAUUGAUAUUUCAUUUAAACACCAGAAAUGAAUUACUGUAUUGCAAAAGAUCUGCAUAAAUGUUAAAAAAAAAAAAAAUACAUUUAAACUGUUCUUUUGUUUGCAAAAGUUGCAUUGUAUUGUAUUGAAGGAGCACACCCCUUGAAAAGAAUUAUGGGGUUGAUAACAAUCCUUUAACAAAUGUAUCUAAUCAUUUUGUCUACAAAUUCGCCAUUUGAAUAUUUUAGUAGAUAAAUCACUUGAUUAGCUUUUCUAAAGGAUUUGUAAGCAAUAUGCGUACACAACACCUUAUAUGCCCUUAAAGGGACAGUAAAGUCCUUGUAAUUACAAGACAUUUCUGUUGUGCAGAUAUAGAAUAACAUAUCAGAAAAGUCUAAAUGUUUUUAACCCCUUCAUGUCCGGCACAAGUGUUCACCAUCGGAACAAAGUUCUGAUGUAAACACUUACUGCAAAAAGGAAAUCACGCGAGCGUCGAUGCGAUCACGUGAUUUCAAGGCCAGGAUCGGAUUGUGGGGGAAUGCCAAUGUUGCUAGGCGCGCCCCCAGUCUGAUCUUGAGUUUGUCAAAAAGGGAAGGCUGUAGGACACCUUAUACGGUAGGACGUUCCAUACCGUCCUUUGGCGUUUAAGCCCAGCGCUGUUAGGUUGGCAUGGAACGUCCAUGGAAGGGGUUAAAGCAAAUGAACAUCCUUUUUACUGUAGUUAUUUUUCAAAAACCAAACUCCCCCUACCAUUUGCCUUAUAUGGAGGAGUCAAUCUGGUUUUUAGUCUGCAGAGAACUAGGCUAGUCAUGGCCUAGUUAGUAUAAAAUGCAUUGUAUUUGCCACUUAGAGAUAUAUAUGUAGCAGGGUUAGCCUUGAGAAGUCAGCAGGUGCUUUUCAUGCACCGAGAUUAGAAAUUGAUCAAUUUUCAGAGUUAAAUUACAUGAAAUGGGGCAAAAGAAAUAAUAAAAAUAAUUGCAAAGUUGUUUAAUUACGCAUAACUAAACAUUAUCUCAGGGUGUUUAUGUUUACUGUUCCUUUUGGGAAAAAAAGUCCCAUUUAAAGGGACACUGCAGUCAAAAUUUAGAUGCACAUAGAUGAAUUACAUGUUUGAAUAGAAACAUAUUGGCUAUAUACAAGUACUGGCAAAAAUGCUUCUAGUAAAAGUUAUGUGUUUUAGUAUUAGCUUUGUCUCUGCACGUGCAUGUGAAGCAUAGCUAGAUAUUCUCAGUGCACCAGCAUUUUAUAUACUGCAGCUGCUCAGUGUGCCAGUGGGGCUUGUCUAAUUUCAGCUAAUAACAAAUUGAGUCCUUACCAUAUGGGACAAGCACCUUAGGCUCUCUGUGCAAGCUCUGUGUAUAAAAUACUUAAAUACACUUUUGAAACAGCUUUUAUUAGAUGUACAGAACAUGUAUAUUACAAAAAACUGAAAUUUAUCCAUUCUGAUCCCACAAUAAUACUUCUCCAGGACCCAAUCCUCUUAAAGGGAUAUGAAACCCAACAUUUGUAUUUCAUGAUUCAGAUAGAGCAUGUGAUUAUAAACAACUUACUAGUUUACUUCUAUUAUCAGUUUGUCUUCAUUCUCUUGGCAUCGUUUGUUGAAAGCAGGGACGUAAACUCUGACAAUUUCUGGAGCACUAUAUGGCAGCAGUUUUGUAGGAAAGUUAUGCAUUGGCAAGAGCACUAGAGGGCAGCACUAUUUCCUGCCAUUUAGUGCAACAGAUGCUACCUAGGUAUCUCUUCAACAAAGAAUAACAAGGGAACAAAACAAAUUUGGUAAUAGAAGUAAAUUGGAAACUUUUUUAAAUUGUAUGCGCUGUCUGAAUCACAAAAUAAAUGUUUUGGGGUUCACAUCCCUUUAAGCUACAAUUGUACCAAAAAGUAUAAAAUUCAGAGUGUACGCACUGCCGCGGUGCAUGGGCUGAACCGGUACGUUCCAUGGGCAGAAAGUUCUUUCACAAAUAUCAGUAUUUUCCUCUGAAGCUCUCACUGAAUUAAAGUGAAAGUAAAUCCUAUAGCCAAUAGCCGUGCGAUAAAUCUGGCUUGGCGCCCAUGGGAGCCGGAUUUACCGCACGGCUAUUGGCUAAGAGGUGGAAACGGAAACGUCACCUCUUAGCAAAACAUUUUUUAGCCUUGGGGCUGCUGUAGCAGCUAAAAACAGUGAUUGGUUAAAACAAAUAAAGGAGCUUUCUACAGGAAGUAUCUUAUACUUCAUGAAUGAAAGUGCCCUUUAUUUGUUUCAAAAGUCAAUCCUAGCGUUUGUACAACGCUAGGAUUUACUUUCACUUUAAGCUGAUGAGUUUGUCUAAAAAUACUCAAUACACUGAUAGAAAAAAGCAAGUAUGUGAUACUAGAAGUAAGCAUACAUUGUAAAUAUACAUAAAAAAAACAUAAUUUGCUUAAAGUGACAGUAAACACCUUUAGAGUUCUAAUAUAAAUUGUUUAGGUGUGCAUAAUGAAACAUCUUUGCAAUAUACUUAUUUAUUUUGCCCCUUUCAUGUAAUUUAGCUCUCCUCUGACAAUAAGGCAAUUUCUAAUUCUCAGAACUUGAAAUGCACCUGCUGACUUCUCAAGGCAAAUAACUGCAGUAAAAAGAAUGUUAAUUUGUUUUAAAAGCAUUAAGACUUGGCUGGUAUUUUAUUCUAUAGCAACACAACAGAAAUGUUUUGUAAUUACACUGUGUUACUGUCCCUUUAAUUAGCAGUGUCAGGCACUCCAUAUCACAUUUACUGUCCCAUGAGAUAUUCUCUUUUCCAGAGACCCUCAGUACUUUCUGUGGGAGGCAGCUUGCCAGUCUCGGUGGCUUCCAGGAUCAGACCCUUUUUUAGAGAAUUGAGUGAGGUCUGGCCAUGUGAGGGUUAGAGUGAUGAGUUCCCUAAUGCACAAGGAUUUUAGAGAAUAAGGCCCCAGAGAGCACAGGGGUCACACUCAAGAGCAGGGGCAUAUUUUUGCCAAGGCAAACAAGGCACAGGCAUAAGGGGUGGCAGAUUUAAGGGGGCAGCACUUUUUGACACUCAUACACGCACACUGCACUACACACUCACUGCACUACACACACUGCACUACACUUACUGCACUACACACACUGCACUACACACAGAUUUACCAUAUACACACUCACACUGCACUACACACACUGCACUACACACAGAUUUACCAUAUACACACUCACACUGCACUACACAUGCACACUGCAGUACAAACUCACCAUACAAGCACGCACUUGAACAUGAACAUUAACUUUGGAAAUGCCAUGAAAAAAGUCACCUUACACCCUCACCAAAAAUAUUAUAUAAAAAUCCCUAAAACCUGGGGGUGGGCAGCAGAAGUUUGCGUGCCUAGGGCAGCACAAAACCUAAGUACGCCACCGCUCCAGAGCCUGGAAUGUGUUCCUGUUACUGGGUCUGAGAUAUAGCACAAUCUGCAAACACACAAAUAUCUUACUUCAAAAUGACACAGGACCGGGUAUCCCAUUGUAUAAACAAUCACCAAUAAUGCCUCACCUGUCUCAUGAAACAGAACUUAAAAACGAUUUUGUAUUCACGCUGUAAAUUGUUUAAAUGCAUGUUUGUUUGUUUUUUCACCUUAAGACUUUCCUUUACUUCAUAAAAAUAUGUUUUGACAUUUUUCAAAUUGGAUUUUUAUUUAAAAAAAAAUAAAACAAAAACAAAAAAGAAUACAAGAAACUUACAUCCAUGUGUGUCAGCACGUUUGCAGGUUAUAAAGAUGUAUAAAUUCAUUUUUCUUCUCAUCAGAAUCUCAGCUGCCAGAAAUAAUGCAACAUAGUGUGACCCCUGCAAUGUCACCUGAGUUGGGUACACUUGAAUGUUUUCAGGGAGGGCAGUAGUCUUCUCUUGCAUCCAGAAUGGUAUUUUACUCCUAACCCUAACUCUAUUGCUAAAGGGACUGAAAAAUAUUUCAUUUUCCUUGCUGCACCUAAAAAAAAGUCAUUUUAAAAUUUGUUACAAUUUAGAUUUUUUUGUACAAGGGGUUUUCCUGUAUUGAGAGGCACGUCCAGCAAUACAGCAGCAGGAGUUUUCCUUGUUAGCCAGUGAGCAAUCAGUCCUUAAGGUCUAGCUGUACACAGGCUUACACUUCCUGUUAGUUGCAAAAUCUAAAUAGAUGGCUUUAAAGGGGCAGUCUAGUCAAAAUUAAACUUUCAUGAUUCAGAUAGGGGAUGUUAUUUUAAAAAAACGUUCCAAUUUACUUUUAUCAUCAAUUUUGCUUUGUUCUCUUGGUAUUGUUUGCUUAAAGCUAAACCCAGGUAGGCUCAUAUGCUAAUUUCUAAGCCUUCAAAGGCCACCUCUUAUCUCAUUGUAUUUUGACAGCUAUACAGCGCUAGUUCAUGUGUGUGACAUAUAGAUAACAUUGUGCUCACUCACGUGGAGUUAUUUAUGAGUCUGCACUGAUUGGCUAAAAUGCAAGUCUGUCAAAAGAACUGCAAUAAGGGUCAGUCUGAAGAGGCUUAGAUACAAGGUAAUCACAGAGGUAAAACUUGUAUUUCUAUAAUAGUGAAGGUUAUGCAAAACUGGUAAUCUGGGAUCUUUUUUAAAACAAUAAAAAUCUGGUGUAGACUGUUCCUUUAACUUAAAGGGUGUACUCUAGCAAGCAGCUGAUGGGUUCAUUUUAUUAAAAACAGCUGCAGGAACCCCCUUUCAAAUGGGCCGGAUACUCUUUCCCAACCUACACUGGGAGGCUGAUUUCUGCUACUGCAUCUUGUUUAAUUAGCUUGUCUAUAGCCAGUACCACAGUAAUGAAACUUUCAGUAUAGGUGGCGGUUUGAACAGGCAAACUCAGCUAUUUCACAAAUAAAGAUCAAGGAGCUAAUUGUAGAAAGAAAAAAGAAUAAUACAGCAAGUUAAAUGGAUCUUUGGGAACACAUUACUGAGACAUUUUACUGUACAAUAUCAUUAACAUUUUAUUCAGGUAUAAAAAUAUUUUGUUUUUCAUGAUUCAGACAAAGACUUUCCAAUUUACUUCUUUUAUCAAUUUUGCUGAAUUCUCUUGGUAUCCUUUAUUGAAGAAGCAGCAAUGCACUACUAAGAGCUAGCUGAGCACAUCGGUAGGCCAAUGGCAAGAGGCAUAUAUGUACAGCAACCAAUCAGCAGCUAGCACAUUGCUCCUGAGCCUACCUAGGCAUGUUUUUUAACAAAUGAUAACAAGGCAACUAAGCACAAUAGACAAUAGAAAUAAAUUGAAAAAUUGGGGUUUCACGUUCCUUUAAUGUAAUGCCUAAAGGUAAACUCUAACCAUUUGCCUAACCUUAAUCAGAGUCAAAACUGUAGCACCACUAGUAACAGCCAGUGCUAAAGACCUACUCAUGAAAUAAUUCUCUGGUGGUGUACAUUAAUAUUAUAUUAGUGAUGGCUAUAAUUCAAACCUUAAAGGGGCACAAAAUACUUUGAAAUGGUAAUAUAAAAAAAUGUAAUUGUAAUUAUAUGCAAUAAAAAAACAAAAAUCUUUGCAAUAUA